GGUUUUUUUUAAAGUUUGGGCUUCCGCGGUCAGUGAUCCGAUGACGCGAGCCAGUUCCCCCAAUACACCGGCGACCGUACCGUGUAAUCACACGCCGUUUAACCUUUUCUAUAUCUUUUUCUCUUUCUCUCUCAACCCUAAUUUCUUCUCAUUCUCUCUCUUUUCUAACCCUAACCCUAAUUUCUCCGAUGCCGGAUUUUCACCACGAUUCUCUCACACCACCGUCACGCACCGUCCCCGUCCGCGAGGAUUGUUGGUCUGAAGAUGCUUCUUCUACUCUCGUCGAUGCAUGGGGUCGUCGGUAUCUUGAACUCAACCGUGGUAAUCUUCGUCAGAAAGAUUGGCAAGAUGUUGCUGAUGCUGUUAACGCUCUUCAUGGUCAUACAAAGAAAACUCAUCGCACAGAUGUUCAGUGUAAGAAUCGAAUCGAUACGAUUAAGAAAAAGUACAAGGUUGAAAAGGCUAGGGUUACGGAAUCUAAUGGUGUUUUGCAUUCUAAUUGGCCUUUUUUUGAACGGUUAGAUGUUUUGAUUGGACCUAAUUUCAGUUCUAAGAAGUUAUCAAUUUCUUCACCAGGGGCGGUGACACCGUCGCCUCCGGUAGCUCUUCCGUUGAUUCCUCAUCGGAAAUUUGCUAAUUCUGGUGGUUAUUCAUCACCUGCAAUUGCGGUACAUUCGACUGCGGUGGCUCUCCCACAGAAGAGGAAUUAUUCUGCGGUGGCUGCGGCUACGGUGAAUGUGAUGGAUGAUGGGUAUUUUAGGAGGAAUUAUUCUGCCGUAGCUGCGGCCGCUGCUGCCGCGGAAGCUGAUGAGGAUGAUGAUGAGGAUGAUGAGGUGGAAGAAGUUGAGGAAGAAGAUGUGGAAGUAGAGGAAGAGGAAGGGAGGAGGAGUGAAGUGGAUGAAGGGGAUAAAGGGAGAGAAGGGAUGAAGAGAUUGGCGAAGGCAAUAGAGAGUUUUGGUGAAAUGUAUGAGAGAGUGGAAGAACAGAAACUGAGGCAGAUGGUGGAUUUGGAGAAACAAAGGAUGCAAUUUGCUAAAGAUCUUGAGGUGCAGAGGAUGCAGAUGUUUAUGGAUACUCAAGUUCAGCUGGAGAGAAUCAAGCGGGGAAAACCCUCUGGGUCUAAUGAUAUGUAUAAUAGCUAGCCAAGCGGGCAAUGGUUCGGUGAUGGUGAUCAGAACACUCAUGUUUUGGUUAUGAUCACGGGAAAGUACAUAUCUUCAGCUGAUACUGUCAUGAGGGAAUCUCUAAAUAGAAUUUAUCGAGGAGUAAUUUUGGAUUCAUUUAGCUAGCUUUUAUUAAUUUUGUUAUUAGCCCUUAUAAAUUAAUUCAGCAACUAUACUUAAGCCUAAUUCGGGCUGCCACACAGAUUUGACUCUAAUGUAUAACUCUUCUAUA